GUUCCAUUGCAAUAUUGUAUUUAAGUUUUAAAAUGAAAAUUUUAGUGAUUUUAUUUGCUUUGAUUGCUUUUACAUUCGCUAGACCACAACUGCCUGGAAUAGGGUUUGGAUUUGGAGGUGGAUUUCAGCCACAUUUUGGAGGUGGUGGUUUUGGUGCAUCAGGUGCAAAUGCAAAUUCUGGUAGUUUUAGCACAGGUGGUUUUCCAGGAUUUGGUGCUAGUGGAAGCAGUGCAUCAGCAAAUGCAGGAAGUUCAUCUUUUGGAUUUGGACGUUAGUUGAAGUUGCCACAUUUGCAGAACUGUGUUCAAAAUUGAAUUGUUUUUAAGUCAAGAAUUCUCAUAAAAUUAUGGGAUUGUAAAUUGUUAAUCAAAUUGAUUUUAAUCUGUUACUACAUCUAUG